AGCCUCCAGGAGUCGAAGGAGAGGGAGGUUCUGGCCCUAAAAAGUCUCUCCUUGGGACUUCACACUCUCCACCCAACAGCUGGGCGCGGCUGGCCCGGCAGCAGAAUGAGAGGAUGGCCAGCCUGCCGCACAUCCCGGGCCCCGAGAACCUGCGCCCCUUCACCCCGGCCUCGCUGGCCGCCAUCGAGCAGCGCAUGGCCGAGGCUGAGGCGCUCCGGAUAAAGCGGCAGCACGUGGAGAUGCCUGAGGAAGAGGAGGUCAAGCCCAGCAGUGACCUGGAAGCCGGCAAGAACUUGCCCCUCAUCUAUGGUGACCCACCCGUGGAGCUCAUCGGGACCCCCCUGGAGGACCUGGACCCUUUCUACAAGGACAAGAAGACGUUCAUAGUUCUCAACAAGGGCAAGUCCAUCUUCCGCUUCUCGGCCACCCCUGCCCUCUACAUGCUGGGGCCCUUCAACCCCAUCCGCAGAGGAGCCAUCAAAGUCCUCAUCCAUUCAUUAUUCAGCAUGUUCAUCAUGAUCACCAUUUUAACCAACUGCGUGUUUAUGACGAUGAGCAACCCUCCAGCAUGGUCCAAGAACGUGGAAUACGCCUUCACUGGCAUCUACACCUUCGAGUCUCUCAUCAAGAUCCUGUCAAGAGGCUUCUGCAUCGAUGACUUCACAUUCCUGCGGGACCCCUGGAACUGGCUGGACUUCAUGGUCAUCUCCAUGGCCUACAUCACCGAGUUUGUGGACCUGGGGAACAUCUCCGCUCUCAGGACCUUCCGUGUGCUCCGUGCCUUGAAAACCAUCACGGUGAUACCAGGGCUGAAGACGAUUGUGGGGGCUCUGAUCCAGUCAGUGAAGAAGCUCUCGGAUGUGAUGAUCCUCACAGUUUUCUGCCUGAGCGUCUUUGCCCUCAUCGGCCUCCAGCUCUUCAUGGGCAACCUGCGGCAGAAGUGCGUGCGCUGGCCUCCCCCCAACAGCACCUUCCUGCAGGACCUGGGGCUGGACAACGACACCUCGGUCAACUCAACCUCCUACGACUUCAUGGAUGACUUCACUGGGAACUUCACCGGGAACUUCACCGGGAACAGCACCUUUGACUUUGAGGCCUACAUCAGCGAUGAAGCCAAUUUUUACUUCCUGGAGGGAGCCCUGGAUGCCCUGCUCUGCGGGAACAGCAGCGACGCUGGGAAGUGCCCCGAGGGCUACGAGUGCAUGAAGGCCGGGAGGAACCCCAACUAUGGCUACACCAGCUACGACACCUUCAGCUGGGCCUUCCUGGCCCUUUUCCGCCUCAUGACCCAGGACUUCUGGGAGAACCUCUUCCAGCUGACACUGAGGGCAGCAGGGAAAACCUACAUGAUCUUCUUCGUGGUGGUGAUCUUCCUGGGCUCCUUCUACCUCAUCAACCUCAUCCUGGCCGUGGUGGCCAUGGCUUAUGCUGAGCAGAACGACGCCACCAUGCUGGAGGAGCAGCAGAAGGAGGAGGAAUUCCAGCAGCUCAUGGAGCAGCUGAAGAAGCAGCAAGAGGAGCAGGAAAGGCUGUUGCAGGAGCGCUCGUCCAGCAGCAAUUCCCUGCCCAGCAGCGUGGCCGGGAAGGGGCAGGACUCAGACCUCAACAGUGACCAGGACAAGGCCAAGGACUGCAACGGGCAGGUGGUGCCCAAGAUCACCCUGCAGCGAUCCGACACCGUGAUUGAUUUCAACCUCACCCAUGAGCCGGAGAAGCCAGACCUCAACCACCUCACUGUGGGCAACCAAGAUGGGCCAGGGCUGGAGAAGAGGGUGGGAAGUGCUAUCAGUGUCAUCUCCAAUGCUGUGGAAGAGCUGGAAGAAGCUCACCAGAAAUGCCCACCCUGGUGGUACAAAUUUGCCCACACAUUCCUGGUCUGGAAUUGCUGCCGUCCAUGGGUGAAGCUGAAGGAGUUUGUCAAGCUGGUAGUGAUGGACCCCUUUGUGGACCUGGGCAUCACCAUCUGCAUCGUGCUCAACACUCUCUUCAUGGCCAUGGAGCACUACCCCAUGACGGAAGAGUUCGAGAACGUGCUGACCGUGGGGAACCUGGUCUUUACAGGGAUCUUCACGGCAGAGAUGGUCCUGAAGCUCAUUGCUCUGGAUCCCUAUGAGUAUUUCCAGCAGGGAUGGAACAUCUUUGACAGCUUCAUCGUCACUCUGAGCCUGGUGGAGCUGGGCUUGGCCAAUGUGCAGGGGCUCUCCGUGCUCCGCUCCUUCCGCCUGCUGAGGGUUUUCAAACUGGCCAAGUCCUGGCCCACUCUCAACAUGCUCAUCAAGAUCAUCGGCAACUCCGUGGGUGCCCUGGGCAACCUCACGCUGGUUCUGGCCAUCAUCGUCUUCAUCUUCGCCGUGGUGGGGAUGCAGCUCUUCGGCAAGAGCUACAUCGAGUGCGUGUGCAAGAUCUCGGUGGACUGCACCCUGCCCCGCUGGCACAUGAACGACUUCUUCCACUCCUUCCUCAUCGUCUUCCGCAUCCUCUGCGGGGAGUGGAUCGAGACCAUGUGGGACUGCAUGGAGGUGGCCGGCCAGACCAUGUGCCUCAUCGUCUUCAUGAUGGUCAUGGUCAUCGGCAACCUCGUGGUGCUAAACCUGUUCCUGGCUCUGCUGCUGAGCUCCUUCAGCGCCGACAGCCUGGCAGCGUCGGACGAUGAUGGGGAGAUGAACAACCUGCAGAUCGCCAUCGGCCGCAUCACCCGCGGCAUCGCCUUCGCCAAGGCCUCACUCCUGGCGCUGCUGCGCCGGCUCUGGAAGGGCAAGAAGGUGGCACCAGAGGAAGAACAGGACCCCAGCAAGAGGGACAACUCUGUGCUCAACCACGUGGACACGGCCCUGGAGCCCAAGUCAGGGUACCUGGAUGGCAUCACGGGCAAGGAGCACAUUUUCAUGGAUGAGCUGGACCACAUGAAUUUCAUCAACAACCCCAACCUGACAGUGCAGGUCCCCAUUGCCUCUGAGGAGUCUGACCUCUAUGAGGAGACCAGCACCCAGUCUGACACCGAGGACACCACCAAGGGAGUCCCUCUGAACCCCCUGUCCAGCGAUGCCUCGUCCGUGUGCAGCACGGUGGAUUACAAACCCCCCGCGCCGGAGGAGGAGGAAGUGGCAGAGGUGGCUGAGGAGAGCAACGAGCCCGAGGAGUGUUUCACUGAGGGCUGUGUGAAGAGGUUCCCCUGCCUCUACGUGGACAUCACCAGUGAGAAGGGGAAGAUUUGGUGGAACCUCAGGAAAACCUGCUUCCGCAUUGUGGAGCACGACUGGUUCGAGACCUUCAUCGUCUUCAUGAUCCUCCUCAGCAGUGGGGCACUGGCUUUCGAGGACAUCUACAUCGAGCAGCGCAAGGUGAUCCGCACCAUCCUGGAAUAUGCAGACAAGGUCUUCUCCUACAUCUUCGUCAUCGAGAUGCUGCUCAAGUGGGUGGCCUAUGGCUUCAAGGUGUACUUCACCAAUGCCUGGUGCUGGCUGGAUUUCCUCAUUGUGGAUGUGUCCCUGGUCAGUCUGACAGCAAACUGGCUGGGAUAUUCCGAGCUGGGAGCCAUCAAAUCCCUGCGGACACUGAGGGCUCUGCGACCCCUGCGUGCUCUGUCCCGGUUUGAGGGCAUGAGGGUGGUGGUGAAUGCCCUGCUGGGUGCCAUCCCCUCCAUCAUGAACGUCCUUCUGGUCUGCCUCAUCUUCUGGCUGAUCUUCAGCAUCAUGGGCGUGAACCUGUUUGCAGGGAAGUACUACAGGUGCGUCAACACCACCACCGGGGAGCUCUUCGACAUCGACGUGGUCAACAACAAGAGCGACUGCAUGGCCCUGCUCUACACCAACGAGGUCAGAUGGGUCAACGUCAAGGUCAACUUUGACAACGUGGGCUUGGGAUACCUGUCCUUGCUGCAGGUGGCAACCUUCAAAGGCUGGAUGGACAUCAUGUAUGCGGCCGUGGACUCACGUGAGAUUGAAGAGCAGCCACAGUAUGAGAUCAACCUCUACAUGUACAUCUACUUCGUCAUCUUCAUCAUCUUUGGUGCCUUCUUCACUCUGAACCUCUUCAUAGGCGUCAUCAUCGACAACUUCAACCAGCAGAAGAAAAAGUUUGGAGGCAAAGACAUCUUCAUGACAGAAGAGCAGAAGAAAUACUACAACGCCAUGAAGAAGCUGGGCUCCAAGAAACCCCAGAAGCCCAUCCCCAGGCCAGCGAACAAAUUCCAAGGGAAGGUGUUUGACUUUGUUACCAAACAAGUGUUUGACAUCACCAUCAUGAUCCUGAUUUGCCUGAACAUGGUGACCAUGAUGGUGGAAACAGAUGACCAGAGCGAGCUCAAAACCUCUGUCCUCUACAAGAUAAACCUGGUCUUCAUCGUCAUCUUCACUGGGGAGUGCGUGCUCAAGAUGUUCGCCCUGCGCCACUACUUCUUCACUGUGGGCUGGAAUAUCUUCGACUUCGUGGUAGUUAUCCUCUCCAUCCUAGGUAUCGUCCUCUCAGACAUCAUCGAGAAGUACUUUGUGUCCCCCACCCUCUUCAGGGUCAUCCGGCUGGCGAGGAUCGGCCGCGUGCUGCGGCUGAUCCGGGGAGCCAAAGGCAUCCGGACGCUCCUCUUUGCCCUGAUGAUGUCCCUGCCCGCCCUGUUCAACAUCGGCCUCCUGCUCUUCCUCGUCAUGUUCAUCUACUCCAUCUUCGGCAUGUCCAACUUCGCCUACGUCAAGAAGGAGUCAGGCAUUGAUGACAUCUUCAACUUCGAAACCUUUGGGAACAGCAUCAUCUGCCUCUUCCAGAUCACCACGUCGGCGGGGUGGGAUGGGCUCCUCAACCCCAUCCUCAACAGCGGCCCCCCGGACUGCGACCCCGAGCUGGAGAACCCCGGGAGUUCGGUGAAAGGAGACUGUGGGAACCCCGCCAUCGGCAUCUUCUUCUUCUGCAGCUACAUCAUCAUCUCCUUCCUCAUCGUGGUGAACAUGUACAUCGCCAUCAUCCUGGAGAACUUCAGCGUGGCCACGGAGGAGAGCAGCGAGCCCCUCUGUGAAGAUGAUUUUGAAAUGUUUUAUGAAACUUGGGAGAAGUUUGACCCAGACGCCACCCAGUUCAUUGCCUACAGCACCUUGUCUGACUUUGUGGACACCUUGCAGGAGCCACUCAGAGUUCCCAAGCCCAACAAGAUCAAACUCAUCACCAUGGAUCUACCAAUGGUUGCUGGGGACAAAAUCCACUGCCUGGACAUCCUCUUUGCCCUGACUAAGGAAGUGCUGGGAGACUCGGGAGAGAUGGAUGCCCUGAAGGCCACCAUGGAGGAGAAGUUCAUGGCUGCCAACCCCUCGAAGGUUUCCUAUGAACCCAUCACCACCACCCUGAAGAGGAAACACGAGGAGGUGUGUGCUACCAAGAUCCAGAGGGCUUUCCGGAGGUAUCUCCUGAGGCGCUCGGUGAAGCAGGCGUCCUACAUGUACAGGCACAGCCAGGACACCCUGGGCGAGGACGCGCCCGAGAAGGAAGGGCUGAUAGCCACCAAAAUGCAGGAGAUCUAUGGGAACAGUGGGACAGAUGUGGAGACUGCCCCUGCCUUGGGCCUCAAGCCCAUUCCCAGCUCAGAGACACCCCAGGAUGCUCCUGAGGAAGCACAGGCGUGGGGUAAGGAACACGUGGUGAAAGAGUCGCUGGUGUAACACAAGGAGAUUCCACCUCUGACCCAGCCUGAAGAGACUUCAUUUGUAUCUCCUGUUCAAAGCUCUUCCAUGCACAGAUCUCUAGAUCUUAGAUACUGAGCUAAUUUCAGAUAUUUCAAGAAACCACCUUGAAUUUCAAAACAGGAUCUCCUCCUGAUCCUGGGUUUUACCGCCCACUGCACUUGCAAAGAGUUAAAUUCUUUUUCUUAUGAGAACUCAAAUGUGAAAUCUGUUGUCGGUGAAAGAGAAACCAGUUAGUUUUGAAAUAAUCUCAUCACGGUAACGAUGGUUUUCAGGCGUGAACAGAAGAGUAUGGUUGUCCUUUCACUUAAAGUAAUUAUUUAUUAAUGUUAUUUCACAAUUAAGAGAUUUUCCUGUAUUUUAUUCUUCCAGAGUGCAGCCAGGCAACCAGUUGAGCCAAGUGAAAUAAUAUUAAGAAUAAUUACAGAAAACAGAAGGUUUUGUGAACAAAAAUCUCCAAAGUCUUAAAGUAGCACCUUUCUUUUGAACUUCUGAAUAAGCUUGAUGAUUAUUUUUUGUUACA